AAUUUCUGCCUUUUCUUAUCGAUCGAAAACCGUCAUUUGGUUGUAGACGACGACCUACAGAUAACAGUUUACCGAGUAGUGACCUGAGAAUAGCAAGGAGAACGGAACCGUCGGCCCUAAAUGAAAAGGGCGAUUCGAUCUAAGAGUCUCGAUAAUUAAUUGCACUGAGUUGAAAAAGAACUGAAGAUUCAAAAGUUAUAGAUUUGUUAGAAACGACUAAUGAAGAGAAGUAGCAGUAGUAGUAGAAAAGAAGAGGAAACAACCAUGAAGAGAAACCCUAUACCUAAACUGCCAAUUAAAGAACCUGAAAUUCAAAUGGAGGCUUCAUCUUCUUCUGCUUCUGAAGAACCCAUGGAAGAAGAAGAAGAACAAUCACAGUCACAGUCACAAGAAGAGGAAGAACAAGGAGAGGAAGAGGAAGAACAAGUAGAAGAAAAGGAAGACGGUCAAGAAGAAGAGGAGGAGGAGGAGGAAGAAGAAGAAGAAGCGAAAAGUAGUAAUAACUCGAAUGAGAACAUGAAUGAAGAAUCCAUGGAGGACGAGGAAGAAGAGGAACAGAAGCCAGAGGAGGAGGUAAAGAAAAUUAAGAAAAAGGGUUCUUCUAAAAAGAUUAAGGAUACUAUGAAACGUGAUGUUGUUAGUUCAGCAUGUCGUUUUCCGGCGAAUCGAAUAAAAACCAUAAUAAAGAACGAGGGUUUUGAUUUCCGCAUUACUCAAGAAGCUGUGUUUCUCAUCAACAAAGCAACGGAGCAGUUUCUUGAGCAGUUCAUGGAAGAUGCUCGCGCCAAUGUUAUAAAGGACCGCAAAAAAGCCGUAGCUUACAAGCAUGUUUCAUCAGUGGUUACUAAAACUAAGAGAUAUGACUUCCUUUCUGACUUUGCGCCUGAGAAGAUUAAAGCAGAGGAUGCCUCAUCCGAAAGAAAGCUAGCUGAAACAUGAUUUUACUAUAAAACACCUCUAACUGUUGUUGAAUGAAAGGUAGAUGACUGUCUCGGGUCUCUAGAUGUCUUGUUUAUUUUUUGUUUUCUAGACCAUCUGUCUUAAGGGACUUUUUGUCAAAGCUGUUCUGGUUCAAAUUUCUCUUAAGAGUGUAAGUAUUAACCAUGCAAAAUUUUCAAAAUACAAGAGAUUCAGCUCAUUGCUAACAUGUUUAUUUUCUGGCUAUUUUUAUAGCCUAAAUUUCCCAAAAGUUGUUAUGACAUGUCAACUAAAACCACAA